AAAUUGUAGAAGUGAAUUGUUUGAAAGAAUAACUAUAAAAAAAAGAGAUAAAUACGAUAAUAUUAAUUGUUAAUUUAAUACUAUGAAUGUAAACUGAUUACCUUUUCCUUUGUUUUUGUAUUCAUCUUAACUGGAUCAAUGGUGGAAAGCUGUGAAUUUGAUCGGAAAAGACCUCAUGAUGCUGUUGCUUCAGCCGUUGUAGAUGGUUCUUGUUUAAUAGAUGCAUGUAAUGUAGGUGAUCUUGAAGCUGUACGCAGAUUAUUGGAUGAGGGUAGAAAUGUGAAUGAGAUAACGGAAGAAGGUGAAAGCCUUUUAUCUUUAGCAUGUUCCUCUGGUUACGCUGAAUUGGCCCAAUUAUUAUUGGCCACACGGGCCAAUGUUGAAGAUCGUGGAUUAAAAGACACUACCCCUCUUAUGGAAGCCUCAAGUGCGGGCCAUGUUGAUAUAGUGAAUCUUUUAAUAACACAUGGAGCCAACGUUAACGCCCAGACGUCACAAGGGAAUACACCUUUAAUGUAUGCCUGUGCUGGUGGUCAUGUGAAUGUGGUUAAAGUUUUAAUUGAUGCUGGAGCCAAUGUUGAAGAUCAUAAUGAAAAUGGACAUACACCUUUAAUGGAAGCUGCUUCUGCUGGUCAUGUUUCGGUUGCUAAAAUAUUAGUUGAAAAAGGUGCAAGCAUUAAUUCACAUUCAGAUGAAUUUAAAGAAUCAGCUUUAACCCUUGCUUGUUAUAAAGGACAUUUAGAAAUGGUAAGAUUCCUAUUGGAAGCUGGUGCUGACCAAGAGCAUAAAACUGAAGAAAUGCAUACAGCAUUAAUGGAAGCCUCAAUGGAUGGUCAUGUUGAAGUGGCUCGAUUACUUCUUGAUUCAGGUGCUCAGGUAAACAUGCCAGCUGAUAGUUUUGAAUCACCUCUUACCCUUGCUUCGUGUGGGGGUCAUGUUGAAUUGGCCAUGUUAUUAUUAGAAAGAGGUGCCAAUAUUGAAGAAGUCAAUGAUGAAGGAUAUACACCUUUAAUGGAAGCUGCUAGAGAAGGGCAAGAGGAAAUGGUUGCCUUAUUAUUAAGUCAAGGAGCUGAUAUAAAUGCUCAAACUGAGGAAACUCAGGAAACAGCUUUAACUCUUGCUUGUUGUUCUAAUUCAUUGGAAGUGGCCGAUUUUCUGAUUAAAGCUGGUGCUGAUAUUGAGGCCGGUGGUAAUACACCUUUAAUGGAAGCAGCUCAAGAGGGUCACAUUGAAUUGGUUAAACAUUUAAUCAAUGUAGGCGCCAAUGUUAAUGCCACCAAUGGUAAUGGAGAGACAGCAUUGAUGCAUGCUUGUGAAAAUGGACAUACGGAUGUUGCUGAAAUCCUUUUAGAUGCUUCAGCUGAUUUAGAACAUGAAGCUGAUGGUGGACGAACACCUUUGAUGAAAACUGUACGAGCUGGACAUCUUUGUACAGUUCAACUAUUGGUUUCUCGUGGAGCCAAUGUAAACAAAGUAACACCUACAAAUGAUGCGACACCUUUGUCCCUUGCUUGUACUGGAGGUCAUCUAAAUGUUGUUGAAUAUUUGUUAAGUCAAGGAGCAGAUCCGACCCAUCGUUUAAAGGAUAAUGCAACCAUGUUAAUGGAAGCAGCUAAAGGAGGCCAUACAAAAGUUGUUCAACUUUUAUUGGUUUAUCCAAAUGCUGUUAGUCGAUCUCCUCCACCCGAAGAUGCCUCACCCACCUCAGCACCCAAUCUCAAUAAUAACAAUAUUACUUUAACCAAUAAUAUCAAUAAUAAUGUUACAUCCUCAGAUAUUUGUGAUACUUCAACAACUACCAUAACCACUACCACUACUACUACUACGACCACUGGUCGUAUAGUUCAACGAGGGUCAAUAAUAUCAUCAACAUCAUCUCAAGAUACUUCGGAUAAUCAAGUAUCUUCAUCAACCAGUAGUCAAAGAAAAAGUUCUAUUAUUUCAAAUGCUUCCGGUAAAUAUGGUAUGCCAAAAACAUCUCGAAAUAAAAGUUUAUCUUUCAACAAGCCAUCAGAAUCUGUUGAACCCUAUAUACCUCUACCAAAAGGACGAAAUUCAUCUUCGAUUGGAUCAGGUAAACAUUUGGAGAGAAGUCUAUCAGAUAGCAGUGCCUCUCACCUUCUCAAUACUGUUAACUUGUUGAGCUCAUCGAUUGAAGCUGCUUCCUCUUCCUGUUCAACUGGUACCGAAACCAUUUCUACUUUCAAAGAUACCGAGACUCUAAGUCAAUGUAUCAGUGUUAAACUUGGUUCAUCUGAUGACCUUAGCCCAUCUUCACGGGAACAACAGAUUCUUCAUAAACAGCAAAUCCUAGAGGAAUUGGUUAGAGUGGAAAAGGAAUUACAAGAGAAGCGCCAAGAGCAUUUAUUGUUAAAUCAACAAGCUGAACAACAGCAACAAUUAAUUCAAACCCUUUGUUAUGAAGCUGAUCUAUCAGGGACACGAAAUUUUCGUAAUAGUUUGAACACUGAGCAAAGUCAACCAUUAAAACUCACCGUAUCUCAACCUUCAACAAUUACCACACCAAUAACAUCAACCUCUGUAGCAACAAUAACAACUUCACUACCACCACCACCACCACCACCAUUACCAAUAACAGUACCAACAACUGCUUCUUCGUCUGGUGCUGCUACUGUUAGUAAUGUAACUCCCUCUUCUUCCUCGUCUUCUUCCUCUUCCUCUUCUCUAAGUUUAUCAGCUCAAACUGCGAUCGAUUCAGCUCAAACUAUCGACCCAAAAUCUCAGCAAGCAAUUUUGGAAUGGGCUCAAACCAUUGGUCAGCAAAAACCUGAUGCUCUGCAGUUUCUUCAACAAACAGCAUCGAGUAUGAAAUUUGAUGCCAAUUAUCCAUUCUUUUUCCCCUCAUGGUUUGAUCUAAAUUCAUUGGAUAAUUUAAAUCAAGCUAAUCUACCACAACUUUCACAACUUUCAAGUCAGGCUCAACAACAAUCAACAACAUCUCCACCAUUAUCACAGACAAUUCAGCCACAGUCACAACCUCCAACUCCACAAACACCGCCAUCUCCGAGUACACUAACAGAAGCAUCACAAACUCAGUCACAGGCUCAACAACAAGAUGGAUCGGAAACAACAACAACAACAUCACCAAAUGUCGUUGUAAAUACCCAACAACAACAGACUCAAGCAACACAAACUUUAAUUUCAUCUUUGUCAAACAUGUUGAAUAGCAAUUUCAGACGACAAUUGAAGCUAAUUUACGCAAAUGAUCCUGCAUCUUCCAGCUCAUUGUCACCAUCUAAUCAACAAUUACAAAAUUUAUCUCAGCAAUCUCAAUCUACUCAGGCUACUCAGACCCCUAGUCUUGAAGGAUUCUCCAAUGACGCAAUUGCAAACCUGAUACCAGUUAAAUCGUCAACACGAUCAACGAUAUCAGGUAAAGGUAGCAAAGCAAGUAAAGCUGCAAAUAGAUUAGCACAACAACAAAACAGUCAGGCAAAUCUUCAACAAUCAAAUCAAUUUUCUCAGCUUAGUCAGACCAAUAUCCCAGUAUCAAGUCCACUUUCCUUGGCCAAUCAACAUCUUCAAGCACUGAAGACACAUUUUACCGCAGUUGCUGUCUCUCAACAAGCUGAAAGCAAUUCAUCUAUAACACCAACAUCAACUAAUGAUAACACCGAGCAGGUCAAUAUGUCAACAGCAAGUAUCUUAUUGACCGCUGGUUCAACUUCAUCACCAACAGUUUGUGCUCUUGGUAGCACUAUGGUUCCUACAAGUAAUGUUUUCACUUUGGGUGCUCCAACCAUCCCAGUAAAUUUAUCGUUAACUCCUUCAGCCUCAUCACCAACCUCACCAGGUUCUGCUGCUUUAGCAUCAAAUGUUUUCAGUUCUCCGAUCACUUUAGAAAUGAGUGAUGGUUCGUCUUCUUCUUUCGUGCUAUCAACACCUCCUAAAUUACCUGAUGAUGACGAAUCUGAUGAAUUUGAUUAUGAGGAAUAUGCCGCAGGCUAUGCUGCUGCUACUCAAGCUCUCAACAGAGCAAGAGCAAGAGAAGAAGGCAGAUUAGGUCCGCGAGCGUCUCCUUCGAGCGUUGAAGCGUUAUUUACAAGUUCGGUGGGACCUUUAAUGGAAUCAUUUAACUUCUCUAGCAUACCAGUUUCUUCAGGAUCAUUUAGUCAAUCACCUUCAAUCCUAACAAGUCCAGGUACCAUUGCAAGUUCAAUGGGUUUACCUGUGACUACCUCGACAAGCUCCAUAAUUACCGCUCAAGCUGAUUCGAUGACUCGAACACCUUCAAUUGAACAGCUUAUCGAAAGUGAGACUCAAACAUCAACUACAGACCCAACAAUACCAACAACUUUUUCAAUAUCCACUGGAACCAGUAGCUUAACCCUUUCAUCUGUUAAAUUAAAUCCAGCAAGUUCACCGCCUCCUUGGUAUCCACCAAUUGAUUUAGAUUCUCAAACAGAUUCUAAUCAUGAUACCGCCUUGACACUUGCAUGUGCUGGAGGUCAUGAAGAAUUGGUUGAACUUUUGAUUAAACGUGGAGCCAACAUUGAACAUCGAGAUAAGAAAGGUUUCACUCCACUCAUGUUAGCAGCUACUGCGGGACACGCUGGUGUCUGUGAGUUACUUUUAAGCCAUUCAGCUGAUAUAGAAGCUCAAUCAGAACGAACCAAAGAUACUGCUCUUUCUCUUGCCUGUUCAUCUGGUCGAUAUGAAGUUGUUGAACUUUUAUUAGAGAAAAAUGCCAACAAAGAGCAUAGAAAUGUAUCUGACUAUACACCUCUUAGUCUUGCAGCUUCAGGAGGCUACGUGAAUAUAAUCAAGUUGCUGCUUAGUCAUGGAGCCGAAAUAAAUUCAAGGACUGGAUCUAAGCUUGGUAUCUCUCCUCUCAUGUUAGCCGCCAUGAAUGGGCACACUGGUACAGUUAAACUCCUCUUGGACAUGGGAAGUGAUAUCAAUGCUCAAAUUGAAACUAAUCGUAACACCGCCUUAACAUUAGCGUGUUUCCAAGGACGCAAAGAAGUAGUUGACCUUUUACUUGAUCGAAAGGCAAACGUUGAACAUCGAGCAAAAACUGGAUUAACACCAUUAAUGGAAGCAGCUUCUGGUGGUUAUGUUGAAGUGGGAAGGAUUUUAUUAGACAAGGGUGCAGAUGUUAACGCACCACCAGUACCAUCUUCCCGAGACACUGCAUUAACAAUCAGUGCCGAUAAAGGACAUUAUCGAUUUGUUGAACUGUUAAUUCACCGAGGUGCUCAGGUUGAUGUUAAAAAUAAAAAAGGAUCAUCACCACUUUGGCUAGCAUGUAAUGGUGGUCAUCUUGAUGUAGUUCAACUUCUGGUCAAUGCUAAAGCAGAUAUUGAUUCUCAAGAUAAUCGUAAAGUUUCCUGUUUAAUGUCCGCAUUUCGUAAAGGUCACGUCAAAGUGGUCAAAUGGAUGGUUAAACAUGUGACACAAUUUCCCAGUGAUCAAGAGAUGACCCGAUAUAUUUCAAUGAUCAAUGAAGAUGAGCUUUUGAAAAAAUGUCACCAAUGUAUGGAACACAUUAGAGCAGCCAAAGAGAAACAAGCUGCUGAGGCCAAUAAAAAUGCGACCAUUUUACUCGAAGAGAUUGACAUGGAAAGAUAUCGAGAAGAAACAAGGAAACUCGCUGCUGCUCGACGUCGAGAAAAGAAAAGGCUUAAAAAGAAAGAGAAACAAGAAAAAGAAAAAGCUGCUGCUGCUGCUGCAAAGGCUGCCCAAGAAUCUAAGCAAACUGCUUCUAAUAAUAAACAGAAACAACAAUCUCAGAAGCAAAGCAAUAAGCAGAAACAAAGAAACGAAAUUAAAGUUGAAGAAUCAGAUUCUGAUUUAGAUGAUGAAUCAGAAUCGGGUGACGAUGAAAGUGGAACCAUUUUUGAAGAUAUAACUGUAAUCAAAAAUAAUCAAGUUAAUCAAAGUCCAGUUAAAGAGACUAAGAAAAGUCGAGUGUUACCUGAAGACUCAUCACAUCAAACUCCAACAAAACAAGAAACAACUAAAUCUACCACCACAGUCAUGACGCCGACAACGACAACAACAACAACAACAACAUCGUCAACAACAACAACAACACCAACUACAGUUCAUCAAAAUAUCGACAGUAAAACGAUAAAGAAAAAGGAAGCGGAAAAGAAUAAAAAGAAUCAAGCUCAAAAAGAGAAUCAAGUUAUUUCUAGUGGUAAUAAACAGUCAACAGAUAAAAAAGAUAAUCACCUUAAUCGAGACAAUAAGAAAACCGAAUCACCUUUAGAAGCCUCGCCAGUUUCUGCUAAGGGUAAAUCUAAACAACGAGAUAAUGAUUCUGGUGUUACCCCAAUUACCAAUGAGAAUAUCAAUCAAACAAAGUCAACUGCACAUUCGGCAAUCAAUGAGAAAAAAUCAUAUUCUGAUAAAAACACUGAAUCUAAUCGGAAAAACAGUAACGACCAAUUUUUGAAUGAAUUAUCCAUUGAAGUUCCCAGAGAAAAUUCAACUGAGAAAACAACUCAUUCUCAAAAAAGUCCUUGUGCCACAGUGUUAACCAAACCAACUUCUUCCUCUGUGUCAAAUGUUUCCGUUGGAAAUAGUAGCUCGUCCUCUUUGAUUAGUAAUCAAAAUCUUGGUCUUAAAAAGGGUCAAAAACGAGAGGAAGGAUGGAAAGAGGUAGUUCGUCGAUCAAAGAAAGUUUCAAUUCCAGCUAAUGCCAUUAGUCGAGUCAUUGGCCGUGGUGGAUGUAAUAUCAAUGCUGUGAGAGAAAUUUCCGGUGCUCAUAUUGAGGUGGAAAAACAAAAGGGUCAAGGUGAUCGUCAGAUUAUAAUUAAAGGAUCGGCUGAUGCCACACGUCAUGCUCAACAAUUAAUCAAUGGUCUGGUCAAUGAGACGGAUAAAGAUUUGUCUCAAAUAAUUUCACAACUUGGAUUAAGUCGGUCAGCCAGUUCAAACGAGGAUGAUUUAACCUUUAAUCGAGGGGGACCAAUUAAAAGUUUCAGUUCAACUUCUGUAAUCUCAUCAGCUGCUAGAUCUUCAGCUACGAUUCCACCUUCAUCGUCAUCUAUGGUAACCACAAGUUCUGGGGUCACUAAGUCAUCCUCAGUUUCUGCUGUUUUUACCACCGCUUCUCAUACAACUGCUUCAGCUGGUUCUGGCUCAAUGUCGGUUAGAACAUCUUCCGGUGUAGUCUCUGUUAGAGCCUCGGCUCCAAUAAACAAUUCUGCCCCUCCAUUUGGCGGGUCAACAAGUUCAACACCCAAUGCUUGGGGUAUAGUUAAAACACCAAUACCACCCAGGAUGCAAUCUGCCACUUCUCCAUCUUCAAGCCUUCAAUUUUCCAGCUCCUCGGUCACUACCUCGCCUUCAUUUUCCUCAGUGAUUUCAACACCUUCAUUUUCUUCCGUAAUUUCCUCACCAUCAUUUUCUUCAGUAAUUUCCUCGCCUUCAUUUUCUCCCGUAAUUGCCUCACCUUCACCUCUAACUUCAGGAACCAAAACAACACUUUCCUACACUUCUGCGGUUGCAUCAAAGCCCAAAACAACAACAGACGAAUCGCCUAAUCAAACACCAAGUAACAAUUUAUCUUCGACUAAAUUUAUUACGGGCCCAGAAUCUACCGGUGCUCCUUUCGCAGCUCCCGUGAGACCACAAACUCAACCAUUUAACACGGCAUCAAGAGUAGUUGGACCAACAACACCAAAUAAAACUGCAGACACAAAGCAACCUUUCGGUAAUACAAGUAGCAGUAACAGCGGUAACACCAUGAGUAAUGUCAGUGGCGGUAUUAGCGGUAACGAUAGUAUUAAUAGUAGCUCUAAUGUUGCCAAUAGUAGUUCAAUGACCACCACAACUGUAACAACAGUUACAUCAUCAAACUCAGCCAUACCAGCAUCUGAAAUUCCUGGAGGUUCACCAGGAAAUAUUGGUGGUGAAACAGAAUCAUCGCAAUCGGUUUCUAAUACACCUGAAUAUGAUCCUUUCAACAAUUUGUUCAGUAAAGUGGCUCAAGCCAGUGUUUGGGGAACCUCAAAGGAAGCAAAUAAACCAAACUUUGCUUCGGUCGCUGCUACCGGAGUUUCAACAACUUCAGCUACUUAUGCAGUCCAAGGAAUCCAAUUACAAAAUCCACAGCAACAUGCUCCGCCAUUGCACAUGCAAAUGAGGGCCGCCAUUUUAGCUGCUGGAGCUAGUCUUCAAAUGCAAACUUUGCAAGCCCAAGCAGCACAAGCAGCUCAAGCUGCUCAGGCAGCUCAGGUAGCUCAAGCUGCUCGAGUGGCUCAAACCCAUGUGAGAUAUCAGGUUGGCCCUUCCAGUGUGCCUACUCAAGGGAUUCACCCAUCAUUACAGAAUCCUUCAGCCUUAGGAGGUGGUGAAUUUAAUCCACCCUCAGCAGAAACAUUGAGACUACUACAAACAGCAUUGACCGCUUUUCCAGCUACUAAUGCGGUUCUACACCAAAGUCCACCUCAAAAUAUGCAACCCUACAAUUUGAUGCAAUAUCCGCUGAGCAUGCGACAGCACCAACAACCUGGACGAUUAAUACCCUCGUCUCAAGGACAGCAGCAAUCACAGCGAUCAUUUAGUCAACAACACAAUCAUCCAGUUUCACAUCCUGGUCAACAAUCAGGUUCUCAAAGACCUUCACAGUCUGUACUAUCCAAAGAGUCAGAAAUGAGUGAAGAGAGAAAAUUACCAAGACCCAUCGGCACCGAACGGGCACAGAAAAAGAAUCCGAUCCACGGACUAUCAAACACAAUCUCAAUCCCAUAUUCCCAAGGAAUUGUAACCAUACAGCAACAACACCACCAUCACCAUCAACAACAACAACAACAGCAGCAACAACAACAACAACAACACCAUCAUCAGCAACAACAACCAACACCACCCAACCUCUGGCCAUAUCCCAACACAGAGAUGGCAAAUGUCCCCGGUGAGGGCGGUGGAGGUACCAAUGAAUGGCUACUUGCAGGGGCUGGUGGUGUUCCCAAUGAUGAACUAUUGGCCAACAUGAUGCCAGUCAAUUAUAUGAUGAAUCGUAACUACGUAAUGCCUGAAUCCGUUCAAGAUCAGCAACAUGAGCCUGAUUAUAAUGUUGGUUAUCCUUAUUUUCCUUCCGAUAUUUAACAAAUGAUGAACAUGAUUAAUUAAAAAUAGUGUUGCAUUAAUAAUUAUCCAAUUAUUGCACCAAUUGAUUUGUUAAAGGUUAUAUCAUCUCCAUUGUUGAGGUUUCCACAAUUUGUUUAGUCUAAUUUUGUGGUGUGUCUUUUUGAUCAUCUUCUCGUCGCCUGAUUAAUCAACAACAACAACAACAACAACACAAGAUUAUCAAUUAACUCACUUUCAACGAGCAAACAAUUUAAGAAGCCAAAAUUCAACAUGAAACAAUUAACGAUUUAAACAACAAAAACAAAAACCAACCUCUAAAAAAAUGUCAUUUUUUCAUUUUUCUUCAACCCCUUUACUGUUUGAUUACUCAAAAAUGUAUUGAAAACAAAAGUUAAUCUUUUCAUUAAGAGUAGAAAGAAAAACAAAAAUUAAAUCUUUCCAGUUUCAAUUUAAUA